AGUAGCAGCAGCGGUUGUACUGUUGUAGUAGUAACUAGUAUUACAACUAUAGCGAAUAAUGUCGAUGUGCUAGUGUGUGCGUUGUUGGUCGUCACAACGGAAUUAAUGUGUUUACCGAAGAGUGAAAAAUAACAGAACGAGGUCAAUAUGGAAAGGCCAUCGUCGACGUGUUACUUAGCCGUUGUAUUUUAUUUCGGGUUUAUCUCAUUAUUGCUGUCUGAGUGACAUGUACAGCAGUCAAUCGCAAGGUUUGUGUUCAGAACGGUUGGUGGCUGAUGAAAGUGUCGCACUUGUCACGCAUCACAAAAAACGCAAGCUGGACCAACUACAUAACGCCGCUUGCGGCCCUGAAAACUACCACCAUAAUAAAUACAAAUUGAGUUCACUUCACCAUCAUUACGAACCAAUUGUUGAGUUGGUGCCAUAUGAACCAAUUAAGUACCGCAAACACCAUGGUACAUCUAUUGCAUCAUCUAACAUCAAGACCAGUCCAUCAUCUGCUCAUAAUCAGAAUUUCAUACGUGCAUCAACCAUAAAAUUAUUAGACACAUAUCAACGCUGUGGACAAAAGCGGAAGUCGUGUGAAGGUGGUGUAACAAAUGGUGUUGAGUCAAAUUUUGGAGGUGGAGGAGCAAAUACUGCAUCAACUGCUACUACCACUACCACUACCACAACGGGGCAACAAGGAAAACAGGGAGCCGAUGGUGAUUAUCAGUUGGUCCAGCACGAAGUACUGUACUCAAUGACGAAUCAGUAUGAAGUUCUAGAAUUUUUAGGUCGAGGAACUUUUGGUCAGGUUGUAAAAUGCUGGAAAAAAGGAACAAAUGAAAUUGUUGCAAUUAAAAUACUAAAGAAUCAUCCAUCCUAUGCUAGGCAAGGUCAGAUUGAAGUAAGUAUUUUGUCACGAUUGAGCCAAGAAAAUGCAGACGAAUACAACUUUGUUCGUGCUUAUGAAUGUUUUCAACACAAAAAUCAUACUUGUUUGGUGUUCGAAAUGUUGGAGCAAAAUUUAUAUGAUUUCCUGAAACAAAACAAAUUUAGUCCACUGCCAUUAAAAUUUAUUCGACCAAUAUUACAACAAGUACUGACUGCUUUGUUAAAAUUAAAGGAUUUAGGUCUUAUUCAUGCAGAUUUGAAACCAGAAAAUAUAAUGCUAGUUGAUCCUAUCCGUCAACCUUACAGAGUUAAAGUUAUUGACUUUGGUAGUGCAUCUCAUAAAAGUAAAGCUGUAUGCAAUACUUAUUUGCAAAGCCGUUACUAUAGAGCCCCAGAAAUCAUACUUGGUUUACCAUUUUGUGAAGCAAUUGAUAUGUGGAGUUUGGGUUGUGUAGUAGCAGAACUAUUUUUGGGUUGGCCAUUAUAUCCAGGAUCAUCAGAAUAUGAUCAAAUACGUUACAUAUGCCAAACACAAAAUUUACCAAAUUUAGACAUGUUAACAAAUGCUUCAAAAACCUCCAAGUUUUUUUAUAGAGAUGUUACAUAUCAAAAUAAUUGGAGACUAAAGAUAAUGGAAGAACAUGAAGCCGAAACUGGAAUUAAAUCUAAAGAAGCAAGAAAAUACAUAUUUAAUUGUUUAGAUGAUAUUGGGCAAGUUAAUGUGCCAACUGAUUUGGAAGGUGGUGAGCUCUUAGCUGAAAAAGCAGAUAGACGAGAAUUUAUUGAUCUUCUUAAAAGAAUGUUAUCUAUGGACCCGGCUAAUAGAAUACACCCUAAUACUGCUCUUCUUCAUCCGUUUGUUACAUUAGCACAUUUGGUUGAUUUUGCUAGAUGUGAUAAUGUGAAAGCAAGUGUUCAAAUGAUGGAAGUUUGUCGACGAGCAUUACCUGAUCACCAUUCCAGUUCUGGACAAGCUGUGCUGGUGCCAGCAACUAAUGCUAAUGUCACUCUUGCUUUUAAUAAUCAGUAUCAGUUAUAUAACAGUCGAUCAAUGGCUCGCCAAUAUAGUGGUAGCUCUAAUCAACAUCAAGCACAUCUAUCAAUACUUUGUUCCGCUGGUCCUGGAGCUUAUCAAACUGGAACUUCACCUCCAAAACAUGUAGCUGUUAUGCCACCUCCACCCCAUCCAUCACAAUUACAAAUACAACAUUCAACUAGUUUGAUUACACAACAGCCUGGUGGUGGUCAACAGCAAUAUGUGCCUGUAUCUAUGGUUGAUGGAAGUCGUCAAAUGAUUGCUACUUGGCCAGCUCCUCCUGGACCUCAUCAUCGUCAAAUGACUAUUGUUCCACCACCUGGAGCAGGAGCAGCUUCAGCAGCAUGGCAUUCUGCAUCCGCUGCCGCAGCUGCAGCUGAUUGGGCUGUUCCUAGGCCUCUGAUUGUUGAUUCGGCUACUGCAAUAUUACAAGAUCAACGACAAGUUGCAUUUACGACAGCUGAUGUUUAUGAUGGUCUAUUGGAAAGCCCCACAAUGGUUGGUACAAUUUGGGGAAGUUCUAAUAAUAGUGGAAAAUCACGUUCAACAAAACACAUGGCUCCACCUCAAUCUCAUCAUCACCAUUCAAACUAUCAACAAGCACCGCCUGCACAUCACCACCAUCAUCUUCAUAGGCAAGACAAAAAGGAUACCGUAAUAAACACUACAAAUCAACUCAGCCCAGUAAAAAAACGGGUUAAAGAAGGAACUCCUCCACAAGAAUAUGAUGGAAGAAUUAAUAGAGGAAGCUUAUUAUCUACCUCAGACAAUACUCCAAAUUGGCAUCAACCUUCCCCUUCUUAUAAACAACUGAUUAACAAUAGACAACAUACUAUAACUAUUCAUGACACACCAUCUCCUGCUGUUUCGGUCAUUACAAUAUCAGACAGUGAAGAUGAAGCUUCAACUAAAGGAGUUCAGUUGAAUAUCAAAACUAAUCGUAACAACCGCAAAAACGUAAUUUCAUGUGUAACAGUUGGUGAGAGUGACAAUGAAGAAAUAUUGCCAUCUAAGCCUUUAACUUAUCAUCAAAAACAACUUCAAAGUUUACGUUCAACUCCUGUAAUUUACCAAUCUCCAUCCAAGAGUUCUAAUAUACAAAAUGGUGAAUAUAUUGCUUGCCGCAAUAGUCCUCCAGGUAUAGAGUUAAAUGGUGGUCAAUAUUCUCAACAUUCUUCAAUUACCAAUAACUCUCAACAACCUAUUUAUAUGCCACAAUCACAAUUACCUAGUGAAAUAAAACACGAACCCCAUUACAGUUCUUCUCAUAGUGGCAAUACUAUGUCUCAGUCUCAACUAAAAAGGAUUGUAUCAAAAGGACAACAUACACAUCAAAGUCAAGAUUGUAAUAUAUUCAAUGGUUUGGGAACAAGCAAACCAGAACCACCACAAGCUAUUGAAUACUAUUGUAGUGGGACAAACUGCAAAGAUCCUUACCAUUAUGUCACACCUCAUGAUCAGCAUAUAGUUUAUGCUAGUGACAAGCGUUUGUCAUAUGCAAUACCCUCAGCACAUAAACGCAACAUUUCCAAUCCCAUGGACUAUCAAUUACAGCCUCCAGUAGCCCAUUCUAGUAGAGAUUCACAUAUUAUUAGUGCUUCAAAAACUGCAUGGACCCAACAAACUAUACCAGUACACCAAGCAUACAGAAGUCAUGUAGCUGAUUAUACAGCUGCUCAUCUUUCUCCACAAACCCUAGGAGCUAAUCGCGGGUUGUCUCCUUUGGCUGGUCAACCUUUGUAUCACCAAAGUGAUAUUUACCGUCGACAAGCAGUUUAUGUAACUACUGGUCAACCACCAACUGCUGCUGCAUAUUUACCAUCUCCACAAGUUCCUCCUACUGCUUUUACUACUGGACCAAUUCCACCUCCUGCACAUCAUGCAAGUGCAAGACCUUUACUUACCACCCAUGCUACACAUCCAUUACCAGCACACAUGCAACCAACUGCUGUAUAUGGUUAUUUAAGUCCAGCAAAAUCGCAUCAUCAAUAUCAACCCCUUUGGUUCACUGAGUAGGAAUUAUCACAGAGGUCUGAUAGUGAAUUAAUGGCACCACUACUUACCAACUCAGAUCAACUAGUCAUUAAAGUCAGACCUCUGUACAUGUUAACAACUGAUACUGUACACACAUAAAGUAAUGUACUCUCAUUAUUAUGUAAAUUAUUAUACUAAAAUAUGUAUGGAACUAUUUUUUUUCAAAUUGUAAUUUUAAAAUAGCAUUCGUUGUCCUGUUUAACGAAAACCAAAAUGUGACAUUUCAGACUAAAAUAUUACUAAUUAUUAGAUUUAAUUUAAUUCACUUAGAUAUCUGAUUUAACAUUAUAUAUAUAUAUAUAUAUAUAUAUAUUAUAUGUAAACAUUUUCUAAAAUUUGAUCAACAUUUUUUUAUGCUACUUCUGGUAUUAAUUAUUUUUUAAAAAAAUGUCUUAAUUAUUAAUGUUUAAUUCGUUGUCAAAUAUAAUAUAUAAUAAUUUUUGAUAUUGUCUAAAAAAAAUUAAGUUUUUAUCUUAAAAAAAAAAAAAAAAAAAUUAUUAUUAUAAUCGUCUAAAUAAAUAUAACAUACCAUUACUUAAUCUUCAUAUUCUUUAUAAUAUUUUAGUAAAAUGUUAAUAAUUAUUUAUUCGACAAUUUUUGUUUUAUAUUAAUAUUUUGGGUAUAAUUUUAGAGAAAAUAUAUUCCUCAAAUAUAUUUUUAUUAUAUAGUAGCUAAAUGUUAUAUUACAUUAUGAUAUACAUUAAUAUUUUUAUUAUGUAGUUGUUUGUAUUUUUUUUUUUUUUUUAAUUACUCAGCAUUAUUAUUGGCUGUAUAUAUGAUUAUAUCAUAAUUUUCAUAUAUAUUUUUAUGUUUUGUUUAAAGUGACAAUAAUUAUUGUUUGUAAUUUUUUAAUUAAAAUAUAAUCGUUUAAUAAUAUGGGUGAUACUUAUAGGCUUAGACAUUUUUAAUAAUUGUUUGAAGUUAUUUUAGUCUGAAUCAAUAUCAAAAUAUGUCACUAUUAGAUAUAAAUUUAAUGAUUGCUAGUAUAUUAUAUACAUAUAACAUAUAUGUUCGCUACAAUAAGCCACAUUUUUAUUUUUAGUUAUUAUUUUUAUGGUUGUGGAGUUAAAUUAAUAAUAUCACAUUAAUAACUUACUAAUCAAAACAAUUAAACAAACUAACAGUUUUAAAUUAUAAUAUCUAUUAGUUUAUAUUUUUUAUUAAAAAAUUAGUAUUUACACUUAAUGGUUUUAAAACUAUCUAAUAAACAUAAAUCUAAAGUUAUUAAAAUACUACCCAAAUUCAUUAAUUGGCUUUAAAUGAUAUUUUGAUGAAUUGAAAUUAUAGUAUACAAUAUUUUUUUUGUAUUUUUAAGUACUUAAAAUAUAAUGUUAAUAAUAUAUUUAGAAUAAUUUAACUAAUUUAAUUAGUUUGAUUAAAUUUAUUGGAAUAUUUAUUAAAAUUUAAAAUAUUAGUAUUUUUUAUAAAAAUAAAAUAAAUUCAAAAUAAACCCCCAUAAAAUAAUUAUAAUUAAUUUGUACACUAUACAAUUUAGUGUUUAGUACAAAUUAUGAUCAUUGUCAAUUUGAUGUAAUUUUUAAUUACAAUACCAUUAUUGCCAAUUAUAAAUUAUAAAAAUUACACUUUCAUGUAUCUACCUUAAAAUUUGGUUAAAAAUUCAUAAUUUAAACUGCAUGCAUAAUUGUAGUUGAUAUAAGGUAUUACAGAAAUUUCCACUUGAACAUUUUUUACGCUAGCUAUACAUAUUUUAAAUUUCUAUAUGUAUUUUGGUGUUGGAUAUAUUUGUAUAUAGAAAAGUAUAUUUUUUAAACAUAGAUUUAAAUUCAAAAGCUAUUUUUGUUAUGCAAAUUGGCUGCAAUUUAAUUCAAUUUAUUUAUUUUACUAAAAUAAUAAAAUAUUAUAAAAAAGUGGCCAAUUAUUAUUUAGUCACGACAUUAUUAACCAUCUAUUUAAUUUAUUUUUAAAUAUUCCGAAUUUUCUUAGUGAAAAAAUAUUUAAUGAUAUUAAUUUAGGGAAAAUGUUUGGUGAUAGUCUUUGUAACAAUUUGCCUUAUGGUUAUGAGUUAGAUUUUUUUUUUUUUACAAUAUUAUUCAAUGAUUGAAAUGAAUUAAUCAUAAAAUAAUAAAUAUAUUCUAUUACAUUUUCAUUCUUUUUUUUAUUAUUAUUAAUAUAAUAUGCACUUUUUAAAAUUGUAAUAAUUUUUUAAAAUAAAAAUUUUACAAUCUUAUAUACAAAAUAAAUAUAAUUUAGUGGUUUGAUAUUUUUAUUUAAUAUUUUUUAUCAAAAAGUACAAAAUAUAACAUUAUUUUAGCCUGAAAUUUAUUUCAAUCAUAACAAUAAUAAUAAAAUAAUCAAUAUAUUAUAUAUUUAUGUAUUACAUAGUUUAAUAUUGAAUUACAUUACGUUAAUUGUUAAUAUAGAUUUUAGAUGCGCCUUUGUGAUUAAUAGACGAUAAUAGCCAUAAAUAGUAAUGUAUUACACAUUAUCUAUUUGUUAGAGUUUAAUCUUAUACUUUACAGGGACUUUUCAACUUAUUUUUUUAUUUUGAGUUUUAAUAAUAUUGACAGUAUAACAUAAUCAUACUGAAUUAAUAUAUAUAUAUAUUAUAUAUGUUGUAUUAAAUGAUAGUCAUGCACUCUUAUGCAAAAUUAUAUAUAUUUAUAUUAAAACCAUUUUUAGAAGAAAAUAGCUUAAUUUAUAUGACUUAGUUCCAUUGUAUUCAUGUAUAAUGCUCAUUGUCUAGUUUGUAAACUGAAAUUAAUUAAAUGAGUUAUAUAAUAUUAUGAUUAUCCUUGGACCAUAAAAUAAUAAAUCACAUUUUUAUAAUAAUCAUAAUGUUAAAACUUAAAAGCACUUGGCUAAUUACAUUUUUUAUAAGUGUUAAUGUGAUAUAAUUUAAAUUUAAAAAAUUUAAGCACCAUAAAAGUAUACAUUAUAUAUCGUAUUUGUAUUUUUACAAUAAGUUAACUAUUUGGGUCAAUCAUUAACUUAACAAAUCAAUAAAAAAUAUUAUAAAAGUUCCUUUCUUAGGGUGUUGGUACAAAUAUAAACAAUACACAAGUAUAAUAACCAAAAUGACGGUGUCUAUUAUUAUUAUUUUAUUUUUUAUUUAUCAGGUCCUAUUUAUGCUAUGUAUAGUAGUUGAUAAAUAUAAAAUUUAGCUUAAAUAAGUAGAGAUAUUGUAUUACAUUAAAAAUCACUAACUUAUAUUAAAACAAAAAUAUUAAUUUUAAUUUUAAUAGUUUUAUAGAAUUUACUUUUACCUAAUAUUAUCAGUAAUUAUUUCUGAUUUUAUUCGUGUUUUGAAUGUUUGCAAUUAAAAGUAUAAAAUAUAAUUAGCUGUACAUAAAUAAUAUACUAUUUUUUUCUUGUUAUUUAACUAUUAAGGUUAUAGAUUUAUAGAAUUUAGAGUGCAUUUAUUUUUUUUAAUAAUGAAUGGUUAGCUCAAUGGGUUUAAUAUUAUCAUUUUUAUUUGUUUAACAUUCUUUGAAUUAAUUUUUCAUGUUUUGUUAGAUUAUUAUGCAUAGUAUUUGUAAAUAAAACAUAUAUAUGUAUAUGUAUAUAUAUAUAUUUUAUGGUUGGGCAUACCUUUGUAAUUUUUGCGAUGUAUACAUACAAUGUAUGUUAAUAAUGUGAUGAUAUACAAUCUUAACACUACUAUUUUGUUUAUUUGGUUUUAUUAUUAUUAUUGUUAUUAUUUAAUUGGCAUCAUCGAUGUUUAUGUUAAAUGUAUUACAUUAAAUCAAAUAUAAUAAACCAUGCGAGAUCACACUUCACUUCAUUUUACCCUUUAAUUUAUCAUAUUUAUUAUUGACAUGACAAUCUAUCAAUUUUCUAUCAUAAUUUUAUUUAUUUCUAUUGCUUUCAGGAUAUAUUUUUCAAUUUUUCUAAUACUAUCUAUUAUAUUUUAUAUAUUUGUGUAGUCAAGAGUCAUAUUAUUAUUACUUACUUUUUCAACCCCAUUUCUAUAAAUGUACAUGUUAAUCAUAUUCAUAUUUCAGUAUAUUAUCAAGUAUAAGAGUAUUUAAAUGUUUUUUCUUUUGAUUAAGUAAAAAGCAAAUGAUUUUCUUGUGAAAUUUACUGUGAAUAACAGAUAUAAAGAGAUUUAUAAGAACUUUAUUUCAUGAUAUUAUUAUUAAUUAUAAUAUAUUUCAUUUAAACCAGUUUUUUUUUUACUUUUUUAUUGAUUCAAACACAAUCAUCAAAAUUAAAAAAAUACAUACUAAUUUAUAGUUAUAAAAAAUGCAUGUAACAAUACUGAUGUACAACUACUGUGAUAUUUGUCGAUAAGUAAAAUUUUUACCUCUUGAUUGUUUAAAGUGUGGCCGCGCUAAGUGUAUAAGACUGUCAACACCUUAUUCUUUUAAAAAUAUAAUCAUAUUAAUUUUUAUUUUUACCUUAUUCUCACAGUACUGAUUUUAUUCAUUUUACAUUAUGCUUAUUAUUUUUUUAAUUAUUAUUAUUGAAAGGUAUAAAAGUUAGUGAACUUAAAAUGUAGUAUUAAUAUUUUGUCACUCCUGGUUGACCAUAUUUUGUACUGAAUUAACUCUUAACUUACAUGUUUGUUUGUAUAUUAUAUUAUAUUUAGUCAUAUUAUAAAAUUAUUAUACUUAAUCCUCUCAAUGUUGCUUUUAUAUAUUAUUGUUUAUUUAUUAUCAUUGAUAUUAUUGUAUUUUAAUCAAAUAUUGUCAUCUGCGUAAUUUGGUUUUGUGGUAUUAACCUAUUGGAACAAAAAAAAAAAUAAAUAUAUACAUAAAUAUAAUAUGCACUAAAACUUUAUAUUAAA